AGUACUGUGGGAGAGGGUCGAGGAAAGCAUCAAACGAGGUCACACCUCAUGCACGAAAUGCGGUCCGGCAGCCGCGUGACAGUACCUAUCACAGUUAGUUAUCGCGCACCGGCCACAUGCGGAGAGAUGACGGCGCAGAAUUCAUAACGCUACGGUACUCGCACUCCCUUAGGUGGUACAGCGGCAGUAUCAAACCGUCAACAACGACAACGCUCUGUCCAGGCUAGGCUCCCCUACUCCCCCACUUGGUUCGCGAGUAUAAUGUAGCAAGAUGAUACUCAGCCACCGAUACGAUAUGUUACAGCACCGGAACGGGGACACUGGAAUUCAAGAAAGAGAAUGGAUGACACUUUUACCGGCACUGGUUUUGUCUUCUAUCUCGACGCCCGGGAUGGUUGUGGUGAUAGUAGUGGGGGUAUGAGUCUCCGCGCCCCGUGCCUCCUUCCUUCCUUCUCCCGACUGUCUUUCCACCCCUCUGCCCCUCUCUCGCCACCUUCCUUUUCACCCUCUCCCCCCCCUUCCCUCCUUUUCACUCCACAUUUCACCCGCCCACUUACACUCUCAUUCACCACGUCCUUCUCUUAUCUGCGACGAUUAGAGCCACUCGUCCUGCCCCUCUCUUUAAUCCUACAGUUACUACUAGUGACCUUUUCUAGGCCUUGACUUAAAGUACUACCUUCUUUGAGGCGGAUCUUCGUUGCAACCAAAUCAACUAAGCUUCCGCGCGGUAUUUGCUAGUCUGUUAUCAUGGCUCACCACCAACACUUCCAUGCACAGGUCGAGAAGGAAACUCAGGGACCUUUGAGCUUGUGUCAACAGAUCAACGCCGCUACACGGUUUGUUUGAGAGUACUCGGUUCUUGAGCUGGAUUUGCUGACUGGAGGGCAUGUGCAUGUAGUGAAGGACAUGAUAAGAUUAACGUUAUGAUCAUGAGCAGACUUUCAUUAGGUCUUCGGGGUCUGUCUUCCCCCGCCCUUCUCUUUCAUACCUGCGUACUUCAGUGGAGGCUGUGCGUGUGCUGAUACCACGUAGACUAUAAACUUUACCGUGAAGGCAUCCUCUCAUUCGCCCAAGUCUACAAAGCUUUCGAAGACGCCUGGAUAGCUGCCAUCUCGCCUGAGGCAACCACUGAACCUAGAAUCAAGAGCGCGUUGCAAAAUCUUUACUCACUGCCUCUGUUGCGGACACCGCAGCUAGUCAAGGACCUAGAAUACUUUUCCGAUCAGAGAGCCCACCGCCUGACCCAGCCCAUGUGGCCCGCCCGCGCAGAAUAUGUCUUGCGCAUCAAGCGAGUUCUCUCCCAGAAACCGCAUUUGGUGAUUGCUUAUGCGCACAAUUACUACAUGGCCUUGUUCGCUGGUGGCAAAAUUCUCAAGUACCAGAUUUCUCAGGCCAAGGGGUUUUUCCCCCGGCGGGGAGGUAUGACUGAGGAGGAGUGUAAGGAUGCUGGGACAAAUCUGUUUAGUUUUGAGGUUCCUAAAGGGAAGGAGGAUUUAUUGAGAUCAGGGUUUAAGGAUGCCCUAGCAGAUAUCCAGUCAACCUUGACAGUGGAGGAGAAAACCGGUCAGUCACUCUCCCCCGCUCCUUCUCUCUCCGAAGUCUUGCUGAAAUUCGGGAAAGAAAUAAUCCAAGAAUCCAGAGCCAUUUUCGGAAACAACGAAAUGCUCAUUCUCGAGCUUGAUCGCUUUUGUGCAGCCAUGGCUCCUCCGCCAAGGGAUACGGGAAUACUCACUAUUGGCGAGGACAGGGAGUUAGCGUUUGUCAGGACCCACAAACUUGAGAUAUUGUUUGUAAUGGUCUUUUGCUAUGCCGCUGUCAAGUUGUUUUUCUUUUAA